AUUCUUGUUGCCUUAGGUGAGAUAACGCCCAUGAAGGGUCGUUAUCCUUUUUCUGUUUUACUAUUUCCAAGGUAAGAUAAAAUUCCUUCCUUUCAGACCUGUCGGUGGCAGCAGCACUCUAGAACAUCUCCAGUGCCAACAUCGACGUAGGUGGAGCUGCGCGUGUACUACUACUCUUUUAAAAAUUAAUACACUCGAGUCUUUUAAAUUAUUCAAAGUGCCUCAGCAGUUCCAGUCCGCACACAAAAACGACCUUCGGGUGUGUUACUACCAGAUUCCAGUGCUUCGAUGCAGAUUAUAGCCUCGAGACAAAUAUUUACAAAGCCAAGGAAUAUGCUAUUUAAACCAAAUUGGCGAUAGAGAGAGAAAGAAAAAAGGGUGGUAGAAGUGAUUGGUUUGUUGCUGGACGAGACGCAGUUUAGAACGAGUGCGAGUCAAGCUCACAGGUGUAUACAUCAGUAUGCCGUCUUUCGACAGCCAUCAUCAACCCGACGGAAGGCUCCUCCAGUCUGGAGUCAAGUUUACCGUCAUUCCCGAAACGCUGCAGAGUCCAUUCAAGGAUCACUUUCCUGCCUACUACAAAGGAUUAGUUCGCGCAGAGCCCGGCGGAUUUGUCAUCCAUCCCAAGUUCGUCAACAACGCCGAAAAGAUUUACAACAUGAAAGUGAGGAGCGACGACGUCUGGAUCCGCACCUUCCCCCGAUCCGGCACAACUUGGACGUCCGAAUUGGCCUGGCUCAUCAUGAACGAUUGCAAUUUCCAAGAAGCUGCUCGAGUGCCACUGACUGUCCGAUCGCCCAACAUCGACACCCAUUAUUUUACCAACUGGGACGAUCUUGCCCCGUCGGAAAUCAUGAACGCCAGAAAGUGUCGAUCGGUCGAGAAGCUGGAACAGAUGCCGUCGCCCAGAGUCCUCCAAUCUCAUUUGCCAUUCCAAUUGUUGCCUACCAGAUUGCUCAACACGGCCAAGGUAAUUUACGUUGCCCGUAAUCCCAAGGACGCCAUCGUUUCCUUCUUCUACUUUCACAAGCUGGUGAAAUUGUGUUACUUCUCCGGCGAAAUGGAACAAUUUGUUGAUUACUUUAUCAAUAACCAAGUGUGCUGGACUCCUUAUUUCUUCUCCCUUUUGGACGCCUGGGGCAAACGCAACCACCCAAAUCUAUUGAUUCUGUUCUACGAGGACAUGAAAAAGGAUUUGCGGAGUCAAAUCGAGAAGAUGGCCACGUUCCUCGACAAAUCGCUGACUGAGAAACAAGUCGAGCAACUCUUGGAUCACGUCAGCUAUUUGAAUUGCGCGGGGGAAAUGGCCGACUGCCAGACGAGCCAUUUCACGCCGGAAGUGAGCCGCAAAAUCCACAAGUGGAUAGAAAAGAAUUUGGAGGGAUCCGAUUUGAAGUUUCUCACCGAUCUCGAGGAGUAAAACUAAAACCAAUUAUAUGUAUACUAUGCAGAUCCUAACGUAUUUUACACCCCCGUAACAUCGUUUACCAUAAAAUUCAAGAGGGGGGGAAUUGAUGGACAUUUUAUCCAGCGUAAAAUAUUAUCCUCUGUAUUAGGGUGUCAACUGUGUUAUCAACAUCAUUCUAAAUUACAUGUUUAAAUUUUUUGACGA